GGGCGUUGGCCCAUCUCGGAGGCCAUACAAAGGCAGGAGGCUCCUCUGCCCUGCAGUGCAGAGGAGGUGGCCAGCCAGGCAGCCGCCCUUCUUGUCCAGAGAUCCAGCCCGGAGUACCAGACCUGAUUCCCCAGACGCCCAGCUCUUGUCUUCCGGGCCAGUCUUACGCAGACCUGUCCUUACUGGAGAGCCCUGGAGUCCCCGGCGGCAGCAGCCCCAUAGCUCCUGGCAAGCCCAACAGGCCUCAGCACCCGGCUCCUGCAGACCACCCACGCUGCCUCUGUCCACUCCUGAGCAGCCUGUGCCUGCGUUCUGGAAGCCAUUUGACAUGGAAAGGCCAGACAUCAGCCUCCCCACUAACUGUGCAGUGGGGAAGGGUAUGAAGGGACGCGUGGUUGUGUGUGUCUAACGUGUGCACAUAAGUAUACGGUGCUAUUUUGCUUCCGCAUCUGUUUGUGUGCACAGGCGUGCAGCUCUGUUCUGGGCCUUUUUCCCCUCAUCCCUGAACCGGUGGGGAUGGGCACCUUCUCUUUUCUCUUCUCUACCCAUCCAGCCCCGCCCAUUGCUGGGUACCUGCGGCUCCUCAGUACUGGAAAUGGUCCAUCUCACAGGCUUGGCAGCAGCUGCUGCCCCUCAGCCCCCUCCCCUUCCUACCUCAGGAAUGGCCCUGGUUCCCGUAAGGCCGGGACUGAGCAGCGGUUGGUUGGGGGGAGGGAGAAGCCAGUAAAGUCAGACAGCACACACUGGCUCUCUGAGCUCGGCCUCCUGCGGGACACAGACAUCUGGAGUGGGACCCAGAGCUGGGACCCUCUGCCCCCUCUGAUGUGCCCACCUUGUUAGGGCCUGGGGUGGAUUUGGGAUCUGUGUCUUUAAGGGUGAGACAUCAGCAGGCAACCCCCUGGCCAAGUGUCCAGGGGAGGGGGAGGGGAAGAAGCCAGUCCAUUAGCAGCAGAGCUGGCGCCAGGCAGCAACCCUGCCCAGAGCCCUGGGGAUUAUGGAGAGACCAGCCCUCCCUCACCCACCUCGGCUGCCUGUGCGCUCCUGUCCCCCAGAUCUCCCUGGGUGUGGUGACAGAGGGGUAAGCUGACAGCAGUUGAAAGUGAAGCCUAGCCUUCAGGGGACAUGUGGAGUCACAGACUCUGGGGCCUAAGCCAGGCCGAUUCUCCAUCACCUGGGCCACCUCCUCCCUACUCAUGUGAAGCCUGCCCUUUAACCUCCAGUCCUUCUAUCUCCCUACCAUGGCCAGGUCUUUCAGCCAGGGACCCCCAGUUCUAGUCGGGCCCUCCCAUCCUAGGCUCCAGCUCUGGAUGCUUGCUAGAAGUCACUGGCCCUCACCCCCCUGCCUGUCUGUGGCCUGUGGUCGCCAUCCCUGCUUCCUUUCCCGCCAGCAACAGGGGGAAUCAAGUGGGCCAGGCGCCAGCACCAGGGAGAGAGGGUGCGGCACUCCCGCUGCUCCGCAGGGGUGGGGCGUCCCCCUCCCCACAUAGCCCCACCGUCAGGCCAGUGGGAGGAGCAGCCCAGGCCCCCCCCCUGAACCCGCAGGCCUAUAAAUCCGCCUCGCAGCGGUCUGCGGCUCCUUCCCCGCGCCCUGACCAGCUCUGCCGGCGGUGACUGCCCAUCUUCGGCCGCCAUGAGCCACCCGUCGGGCCUCCGGUCCAGCGUCAGUUCCACCUCCUACCGCCGCACCUUCGGGCCACCGCCCUCACUGUCCCCGGGGGCCUUCUCCUAUUCGUCCAGCUCCCGCUUCUCGAGCAGCCGCCUGCUGGGCUCGGCGUCCCCCGGCUCCUCCGUGCGCCUGGGCAGCUUCCGCGGUCCCCGGGCGGGCACGGGCGCCCUCCUGCGCCUGCCCUCGGAGCGCCUCGACUUCUCCAUGGCCGAGGCGCUCAACCAGGAGUUCCUGGCCACGCGCAGCAACGAGAAGCAGGAGCUGCAGGAGCUCAACGACCGCUUCGCCAACUUCAUCGAGAAGGUGCGCUUCCUGGAGCAGCAGAACGCGGCCCUCCGCGGGGAGCUGAACCAGGCCCGGGGCCAGGAGCCGGCGCGCGCAGACCAGCUGUGCCAGCAGGAGCUGCGUGAGCUGCGGAGGGAGCUGGAGCUGCUGGGCCGGGAGCGCGACCGGGUGCAGGUGGAGCGCGACGGGCUGGCGGAGGACCUGGCAGCGCUCAAGCAGAGGUUGGAGGAAGAGACUCGCAAGAGGGAGGAUGCGGAGCACAAUCUCGUGCUUUUCCGUAAGGACGUGGACGACGCCACCCUGUCCCGCCUGGAGCUAGAGCGCAAGAUUGAAUCUCUGAUGGAUGAGAUUGAGUUCCUCAAGAAGCUGCACGAGGAGGAGCUGAGAGACCUGCAGCUGAGCGUGGAGAGCCAGCAAGUGCAGCACGUCGAGGUGGAGGCGACCGUGAAGCCCGAGCUGACAGCGGCGCUGAGGGACAUCCGAGCCCAGUACGAGAGCAUCGCGGCGAAGAAUCUGCAGGAGGCAGAAGAGUGGUACAAGUCCAAGUACGCGGACCUGUCCGACGCCGCCAACCGGAACCACGAGGCCCUGCGCCAGGCCAAGCAGGAGAUGAAUGAGUCCCGACGCCAGAUCCAGAGCCUGACGUGCGAGGUGGACGGGCUUCGCGGCACGAACGAGGCGCUGCUCAGACAGCUGCGGGAGCUGGAGGAGCAGUUUGCCUUGGAGGCCGGCGGGUACCAGGCGGGCGCCGCGCGGCUUGAGGAGGAGCUACGGCAGCUCAAGGAGGAGAUGGCGCGACACCUGCGAGAGUACCAGGAGCUUCUCAACGUCAAGAUGGCCCUGGACAUCGAGAUCGCCACCUACCGGAAGCUGCUGGAGGGCGAGGAGAGCCGGAUUUCCGUGCCAGUCCAUUCCUUUGCAUCCUUGAGUAUAAAGACAACUGUACCUGAAGUGGAGCCUCCCCAGGAAACCCACAGCCGGAAGAUGGUUCUGAUCAGGACCAUUGAGACCCGGGAUGGGGAGCAGGUGGUGACAGAGUCUCAGAAGGAGCAGCACAGUGAGCUGGACAAGUCUCCUCAGAGCUACUGAACUGAUCAGAGCUCCCUGCCCUGCCCCAGGCCUCUAAGGCCAAAUCCUAACACCAGUCCGGAAUUAGUCUCCUCCCUUCUGCAUGUGUCCAGGGGAUGGCGCCAGUCACCCCUUACCUGGCCGGUGGCCAAGCCCUACCCAGCACUGUAGCUGGGCCUCUCCCUGCCUGUCCAUGCCCACAUAGGCAUGAUCCAUAUGUUCCCCACUCUAGUCCUGCUAAGAGUCUCUAUGGUCCCCAUUUCUUGUCCUGGUAAAAGUCUAUAUGUUCCCCCAUUUCUCAUUCUGGUAAGAAGCUGACCAACCCAAGGAUGAGUCUAUUCCUGCUACAACCCCAAGGUUAGUGGGUGGGUCAGGGUCUGAGUUUCACUUUUAAAUCAAAUAAAACUGUUAUCAAGGGAA